AUGCCUUGCUCGCCUUGCAUAACAACGAGACCCACCGCACCACUCUGGAUGGAAGACAUCUACCUGGAAAAUCUCCCGAACAUGCAUGCUCGUCCUUUCACAGUACCGAAAAUGGACUUGGUGCCACAUCCUUCAGCAUCAGCAAGGAGUGCAUAUUCUGCUAUCAUUGCUAUCAUGUUCCACUGUUCCACGGUGCAUGUUCCACCUCGUUUUCCUUCAAGGCAGGAAGAGCCUUGGGAGGUUGGCACCCACGUGUCUCUGCACCGCAGUUGGCCGGAAGCGCAGCGGACCGAAGAGCUGAAGAAGCUCGUGCAACGCGGGCGGCUGUCGCAGGAGGCGUUGGAUCUCCUGGAGAGGCUGCUGGUCCUGAGUCCCUCCCGGCGCAGCCGCCUGGCGGAUGGCGCGGUGAAGCAACAUGCAUUCUUCCUGAACACCUUGCAGUGUCAGGACCUGGCUGAGCACUUACUGGGCGAAGUGGCUUUGCGGACUGCUCGGACUCCGCGCGUGUAG